ACGAAACUAACAACAAUAUGGAUGCCUGAAAGUUAAACGAAAUCUUUUUUGAGCCAUUCAAACUCUUGUGGACACAUCUGAAACUCACAGCAAUGUCAUCCUCCAGUGGUCCACUGACUGAGGAGCUUCAGUGCUCUAUAUGUCUGGAUGCGUUCAGUGAUCCGGUCACCGCUCCAUGUGGACACAACUUCUGCAAGACCUGUCUGAAUAAGUACUGGGACAACAGUCAGACCUGCAACUGUCCAUACUGUAAAGAAACAUUCAACCAAAGACCUGAUCUCAAGAUCAAUACCACACUCCGAGAGGUUGCUGAUCACUAUAAAAAGAAAAGUCCUGAGGAAACAAAUGAAGUUCUGUGUGACUUCUGUGAGGAAAGAAAGCUGGAAGCCUUAAAGUCGUGUCUGUUGUGUCAGAGCUCUUACUGUGAAACUCACCUGGAGCCUCAUUUGAAAGUGGCAGGUUUAAAGAAACACAAACUGAUGAAUCCUGUGAGUAAUCUGGAGGACUAUAUAUGUCAGAAACACGAGAGGCCUCUGGAGCUGUUCUGUAGAGAUGAUCGGACAUGUGUGUGUCCCAUGUGUGCUCUGACAGACCACAAGAACCACAACACUGUUCCUCUAGAAAAGGAGAGUGAAGAGCAGAAGAUGAAGAUUCAAAAUGAAGUACAGCAGAUGAUCCAGAACAGAAUCAAGAAGAUUCAAGACAUCAAACACUCAGCAGAAGCCAGAAAAAGAAGCACAGAGAUGGAGAAAGCAGCUCGUGUUGAGUUCUUCACUGAUCUCAUCCGCUCCAUGGAGAGAUGUCAGACUGAACUGCUGGAGACGGUGGAUGAGCAGCAGAAAGCAGCAGGGAAACAGGAGGAAGAGCUCAUUGAAAAGCUGGAGCAGGAGAUCAGUGAGCUAACGUUGAAAAGCACUGAGCUGGAGCAGCUCUCACACACUGAAGAUCACCUCCACCUCCUACAGAUUUACUCGUCCCUGUACAGCCCUAGAAACACCAGGAACUGGCCUGAGAUCAGUGUGGAGACUCAUGAGAGUCUGGAGAUUCUGAGGAGAGCUCUGACUCAACUGCAGGACACUAUAGAUGAGAAACUCACACAGACCGUCUCUACAGAGCUGAAGUGGAUGCAGCAGUAUGCAGUGGAUGUGACUCUGGAUCCUGAUACAGCUCAUCCUGAUCUCAUCCUGUCUUAUGAUGGAAAACAAGUGAGAUGUGGAGACAUUAAACAAAAGCUCCCAUAUAGCCCAAAGAUAUUUACUUACUGUCCAAAUGUCUUGGCAGAGGAGGGAUUCUCCUCAGGGAAGUUUUAUUUUGAGGUGCAGGUGAAGGGAAAGACUGCAUGGGAUUUAGGAGUGGCCAGAGAAUCCAUUAAAAGGAAGGGAAAGAUCACACUGAGUCCUGAGGAUGGAUACUGGACUGUGUGGCUGAGAAAUAAGAAUCAGUACGAAGCUCUCUCUAGUCCCUCUGUCCCUCUGUCUCUAAGAGUGAGGCCGCAGCGCAUCGGCGUGUUUGUGGAUUAUGAGAAGGGACUGGUCUCCUUUUAUGAUGUGGAGUCCAGCUCCCAUAUCUACUCUUUUACUGGUCAGUCUUUCACUGGCAAACUCUAUCCAUAUUUUGGUACAUCCUUGAGCUUUAAUGGUAGAAACUCAGCCCCUCUGAUCAUCACACCUGUCAAUUCCAAUCAAUGAAUUUACACUCUCAGGCUGUGUAUCAAAGCAUUUUUAGCAAGCUGAAAACGGCCAGUUGUGGGCGCUUAAAUGCUUAGGAGAUGCAGCAUUUAGCUAGAGUGAAAUGUUCUUCCGAGCAUUAUUUUUCAUAGCAAUAAUGAGAUGUCAUCUGGUACAGACAUGGAUGCCUAGAGAACAGCAAUAUUUACUUCUCCACUGUUGUUCAGCCGUUGUUCAAGUAUGUGACGAUCGGUGAUAUUUCUCCCACCCCUCCUCCACUGUGAUUGGAUGGCUGGGUAAAAAGUGACAGUGAUGUGUGUUGAGUUUUUACACAAUGUUUUCAACUUUCAGCCAGAAAAAAAAAAACACCUCAUUGCCUGGCCAUGCUGCAGCCAUUUUCAAAUAUGUGGCGGUCCCUUUGAAAACAAUUUAAAAACUAUCCUCGGUCCUUUGGUGGACACGUCCUUAAUAUUACAUUUUUUUUCUCAGAAUUUGGCAGUUUUUUAAAUUUGUUAUAAUUACAUAGUUUAAAGGGUCGGCGGACAGUGACAUGGAGUAGAAGAAAUUGUUGAAUAACGUUGUUAUUUUUGUUUUCUUUGCACACAAAAAUAUACUCGUAGCUUUAUACAAUUACGGAUGAACCACUGAUGUCAUAUGGACUAUUUUAACAAUCGUCCUUACUAUGUUUCUG